GUAUUGUUUGUUAUUGAAGUGGGGUAGGUCGCAAUAGUCAGUUCUCCGUUGUUAGACGUGGGGUGCUGUGUGUUUCCCGUCUAACAUUGGACUCCCACUGGGGGGCCUCUUUGUGUAUACUCGUCUGAACAUGUCCAGACCUGCAGCAGCCUGCUGCUAAUGUUGAAUGAGGUGGCAUGGUGCAAUAUUUACAUUUGUUUUCGCGACUUGUGCGUUAUAGUUCAUGAGCCUGCUGGCACAGCACGUUCUUGGUCCCAGUUCGCAACAUAACCUCGCUUCUGAAGAAAAACAGAAUCCGAAGGCCCUUCAGUGUUUUCAUCUAAUUUUUGUAAUUUUAGAAUAGUUCAUUUAAUUGUGUUAACUAGUAUCAGUGCGGCUCCUUCGAAAUCUCAGCGUUUAUGCCAAGUGCAGCCAAUAUUCUACUUUGAUUGGCUGACCUUACUUAUGUGUGCCAAUUUAAGGUUGGCUUUGAAUUCAGAUUUGUACUUUAAAUAUAACCAUCUGCUUUACAAUGAGAGACGAGAUAUCAGCCGCUGUGCUGUUUUUAGUACGCAUUAUCGAGAGAAGUGACAAAUGCAAUCAAGCCCAGCUGGAAGGAUUCAAGACUCACUUGUCUGACCUUCUUAUGCAACGAUUUGAGAAUCACUGGUUUCCUGAAAAGCCAUGCAAGGGCCAGGGUUACCGCUGCAUUAGAGUAAAUGAAUGCAGCCGACGAGAUGCUAUUCUGGAGCGAGCAGCCAUGGCCUGUGGAUUAAAGUACGAGGACUUGAAGCUUCCUGUUGAGCUGACAAUCUGGGUUGACCCUAAAGAAGUAUGCUGCAGGUUUGGGGAGCAUAAAGGUUCUUAUUGUACCUUGGCAUCGUUUCCUGGUCAAGACAGUAAAGUUAAGCUGGUUGUUGAGAACUGUCCUCCUGAAGUGAAGUUGGAUACCCCUGCAAGUGCUGAGAAGACUCCUGUUCCUGCCAAAUCUCCUCAGGCAUCAUCUCCUCCUCUAUCACAGCCUACUUCAUCUCCCCAGACCCCAGUCAGCACAACAGUGCAGUCAUCUGUUAAGGAUACCAAAAUUAAGGGUGCCUCUUCUGCCUCCUCUGCUUCUGUUGGUGGUAAUGCCAAUCAACGCACCAGCAAUUCAUCAAAUUCCAAUGCCGCUCAGGCUAACAACAAUCACAAUCGGUCCCGCAAUCAGAACAGCCCAAAACAAGGAUCAAAGUCUGGUGGGCGCAAAAUGUGGCCACCAGGCCCCGCAUAUCAGCAUCCUCUUCAAUCAUGGUACAACAUGAUCCCUCCUCACCCAUGGAUGCCUGCAUCACCACCUCCUUACAUGAUCCGCUCUCCACCUCGAUCUGCUCAUCCCAACCGGUACCACUGGUCACCCCACAAGCCAACUCUUAAAGUUUAAAGAUCUUCAUUUCUUUAUGUGAUUGUAUCUCUGUUCAACCUCACUUAUUCGAUGAGUGUUGGAACUAGUUAUUAGCAGAACACCUUGCUUUUGAGUGGGUUAUUUUAAUUAACAGUUUCCUUUUUUUUUCUUUUCUUUAUUAUUUUUUAUUGUCCUUGUGUAAGUGGCAGACUGGAUGUGUUUUCUAUGGAAGGUGAUAGUGUUGACAUGACUGUUUAAUUUUCUAACCCUCACACAACCAACGUAUUCUGUUAAUAUCCUCUGGACUAUAUCCAGGAAUCAAUGUAAGCCAAACUUAUUAGCACAGCCCCUUGUUUUCAUUUUUAUUAAAUCACUAAAUAGCUCACUUUAAUGGUGUUUGUAGGUUUUAUGAAAUACUAUGGUUGGUGAACCAUUUUUUUGAUGUGGAGUAGGAUUUGCUUCAAUUUUGUCUUCAGGUCUCUGAUUUAGCUGUCACUGCUUACUUUAAUGUGAUUUUGUGUUAUUGUUGGGAUUUGAAUUAAGUGACAAAUGUGUGUUGUAGUGAUUCUCUUAUUGUGACAUAUUGGAAUAGGUUGGUACCAAGUCACAGGCUGUGUGUUUUUCAUGCUCUGAACCUUUCACAGAACAGUACUACUUCAUCAAAUAUUGGGUUUAAGCCUAUCUUAUUGGUUUUACAAAAUGGUUGGGGACCAAAGAGCUGAUCUGUUAAGUAAAUGCACCACACUGCCAAUUACUAUUAAUUUUCUGUGUUGCUUAUGUUGUGUAAUUUUGUGGAAUCAGUCUGACGUUUUAUCAUCAUGUUCAUCUUAGUUUGGCAGUUGUGGGCUUGCUCUGUCCAAACCAAUCUAGUUUGCUUUUCUGUUCUUUAAUCUGUGAUCAAACCACCCUGAUAUAUUGUACAAGAAUUUUAUUUGAAAGGUGUGUGGAGUUUUAAGUCUGUCUUAUUGGAGUGGUUCUGUUGGGAUCUGAGCAUGAAGCCAUACCAACAUAUAGUUCUUUUAUUAUAAUGUUAGUAAUGUUAGGUGCUUAUAAAAGCGAGUGGCUCUAGUCUCACUCCAGUUCUUAGAUAUCUUCCAGUGAAUAUUGGGGGGGUGAGACUAAGUAGACAUAGAUUUGGCCCUCUUCUAGCUCUAGUACCUAGUUUAGUUGACUGUAGUACAAUGACUGACUUGGUACCAAUAUUGAUUUUUCUUAGCUUCUCCGUGGAGGAAUUUUUCUUAAGUCUUAUCUAUUGUGCAAUGUUAUCGGUACCAUUAUUAAUGCAGUGUCUUCUCAGUUUUACUCAGGAAUGAGGAUUUGUGAUUUCACUUGUUUGUCAGAUUAUUAUGAUCAGAGGUAUACCCAGCUGAGCUCCCACUUUGGUCUAGUUGUUAGAGUUUUGCUCAACAUAUUCAGAAUUUUUUUCCUGUUGAGCUCAAUUGUAACUUAAGUCUUAGCUGGUGUCCUCUUGAUUACUUGUUAAUGUAUUGCCUGAUCAAGACAAGGGUUGAUUUUUUUUGUUUGCUACACUGCCAAUGCUGUUAUACUGCUUUAUCAAAGCAGAAUUGUUAUUUUUUAUGAAGAGUACUCAAAGAAUUGAUUUCAGUGAACUUGAUCUUAAAUUGAAGAUAGUCUCGAUUCCAUUCUCAUUCAUUUCAUUAUGUCAUCAACUCUUGUUACCAAAUGCUAUCACUAAUGAUAUUUUAAGUUUCUAAAAGGGUUUUUGAGAAGUGUUGUGAUUAAACUCUUAGUGUAAUUGAAUGUUUAAACUUUUUAUUAUCACAGGGUUUAUUUAAUGCCAUGUCAAGCUUUGGCAACUUUCGUCACUCUGUCACAAGCAUUGUAUCAUGUUUAAAUGUGCCUGGAGGAAGCCAUCUUGUUUUCAGUCCAUGCCUAUUGAGGACAGAUGAGUUGUGAGCUGUUUCUUAGCUGUGGAAUGUCUUUACACUAAAACAAGACGGAUUAUCUCAAGACAAAGUUGCUCCAGUUUUCUAUGUUUUUACUUUUUCAAACUUAACCACUAAAGUAACUGAUAUUACAUUUAAGGUGGGAGGUGUAAGUCUUGAUUGGUACUUCUAGUGUUUUGUUCUUGCUAACCUUGCUCAGUUGGAUCAGGCAGACAUGUUGUUUAGAUUAAUUUUGUAGGAUUUCCAUAUCUUUCUUGUUUAGUAGUUUUGUUUAGCAUGGAAGUGAAACUGUGUGCACAUGCUUAGUAAUGGAGCCAACAUAUAGAAAGCAUUUUAAAAUUGCUCUAAUAAAACCAGCAUGUACUAUUGUAUCCCCUUUAUAUAUCUGAGGAGGAUUGCCUCCUUCAAGUUAUUGUAUCUUGUUUAGUUUAGUAGGGAUAGGGUUGUAUUCAGAUUUUUUCUGGUCUUAUAAAAUUUACUGAUGACUUCUCAAGUAUGACUUGAAAUGGGGAAAUUGGGGGCCAGUUUAUGUUGUACCACAAGGAGGAGUAUAUACAUAUUGUUUGAUGAAAUGUGUCAAAGCACUCACUCUUUUUUGAAUUUUAAAUGUUUGUGCAUUAUUGGAAAAAGAUGAAUUUUAAUGAAAACUUACCUCCCUUCAGUUAUCACUUCAGACAGUAACUACUGACUAACUGGUAGUAGAAUGUAUUUGAUACAUAUAUUUAAUCUUGUAUUUCAGUACCAAGUGUUUCUUUUUUAAUGGUGUGUGUUUGCCCGGUUUGUUGGGCCUAAUUUCAGCUCAUUUGAUUAUAUUUCUAAUAUUAAGGCAGGGCAAGUUACAUUAAUUCAGUUACAUUGUACUUUUCAGUUCUCAUGGUAAUGAUAAAAAUUAACAAAGUGUGGGAUGUGAAAUGACUUGAUUAGAAACUUUCUGUGUUAGGAAAUGAUGUAAGGUCUAUUAGGUCUAGAUCUAUAUGGUGCCUACUAUGUUUUGUGCAUUUAUUGUGAUAUUUUUUCAAUGCAUCUUGAUUGAAAGCAUUGUAUUGUUUCACAACUCAAUUAUGUUUUAAUGGUAGUGCCCAUGCGGCAGCAUUUUUCUCCUGUUCAAUGAAAAUUUCAUAUCAUUUAUACUAUGACCAAGGCACAAUGGGCUUCUUAGAAGUUGCAAUUAAAUUGUCAACCUUUUGUACCAGGAACAAGGACUUUAGUAUGUUCUCGAUGCUUUCUCAGUGUUUUCUAUUCAGCUAUCAUAUUUGUAGCGGUUUGGCUCUGUGGACCAUCACUGGUCAUUAAAUGCUUCAUAUUUAAAUAUACUAAGGUUGGCUUUUAAAGAAAUCCUUCGUACAGUAUUUACACUAGUGGCAUAGAUACCCAGUACUUUAAGUUCAUUCCUCCCAUUUUCUCUUAUGUCACCAAUAAACUGGCUAGCCUUUUAGCAAAUUUUAGCUGUUACAAUCAGUGAACAUGAAAGUUGUCUUUGAAUAACCUCCUGGUGGUAUAAAAUGAUUCCAGUAUGUAUGUUUUUAAAAAUCAAAAUUUACCUUUGUAUCAUUACACUGAGAUAGCAUUUAAUUAUUGAAUUGUCUUGUUUUACACCAUUAAGAAUCUGUCUCAAAGUAUUAUUGACCUCUGUUUCCAAUGAGGAAAAAGUUUUGAACUUAUGUUCCUUAAUUUGCCCGUUGAAGUACCAUUCAUAUUUGUCACUAUCAAUUAUUUAAUGAAAUUUUUGUGAAUCUUGUGUGGUGCUGAUACACCACGUAGCACCUACCAACUAGCCAAAAAGUAAACAAUUUUAAUAACUGUAUUUUUUUUAUGUAUACUGCUGGGAAUUACAUAUUUUAAUCAAUUGUAUGGUGGUAGCUUUAUUAUCUGCUUUUAAAGACCACAGUAGUCUGUGUAUGAUGUUCCUUAUCUGCCUAUUAUGUUGUAUCAUUCCAUCUUUUGAACAAUCAUUUGUUGCCCGAUCUGAUACAUUUUUCAAAACAAGUGUGGCACAUGGAUGAUGUUCUCAUGUAAUGGCUUUAUGAAAAGUUAAUCUUAGGUUCAUUUGUAGACACUAAAUUGUCAGCAAUUACAUGCCAACUCAAUCUAUUUUGUGGUUGUUUCAAGUAAAUGAUGCUCUCUUUUAAAAUUUGUAUCUUAAUUUUAUAUUUGUGUAUCUUUAACUUCUAACCCAAUAACCUCUUUUGACAUUGAAGUAAAAUGUAGAGCUCAACAACUAAAAUUAGAUUUAUAAAUACAAUAUGGGGUAGCAGGCAUUUUGCCUUCCUUAUAUUCCUUACAAUCAGUAAGAUUCCCUUAUUUCAUUUAAUAAUUAUGGUGUGGCGGCUUGUAAGGAGUUCUAAGUACAUACAUCUGUUGUGAACUUCAUUGACUGAUGGCCUGUUCCAUGACCUGAUGGUAAAGGAUAGUUUGUCUUUACAGGGUUAGUGAUGUGGUGGCAAUUUUGUUUUGGUUACCUUUACUCUUCUUACAUGUGAGCAAGUUUCCGUGUGAACUCCAGUAUUGUUUACUGUUGAAUAGUCAAUCUUCACUGUGAGAAUAGAUCAUUUUAAGUGUAUAAACACUUUUUUUUAGUUUCUGUCAUGCACAUCAGGAAAUCAGUGAAAAUGUAAUUGUUUUCUGUGUACCCCUUUCUCUUUGACUGUUUUGAUAAAGAAGCUGUGUGAUGUGUGGUAUGAAGGAAUGCUUUGUGUGAUAGCAUAAACAUAGGACUGCAGAAGUAAGGAUAGAGAUUGAGCUCUUGAGCCAGAACUGAAUUGUGCUAACUCUUUUGUAGCACAGUAAUGUUUUUACUUGUUUUCCCCUUUUUAUCAUGUUAUGUGAUCUGAUUGAAGAUGGAACAAUUGCUUGAUGCUUUGCUUUGUGACUGAAACGAUGUGACUGUCAGUCAGUAUUUUACAUGUGUACCUUUCCAGGUGCCUGUCACAAGAUAUUGUAUAUAUUAGGUGACAAAGUUGGCAUAGCAUUGUUUUCUGCAUCUACUGUGUUAUCUUAAUGAUGUUUGGAAAAGGGUGUGGUUUAAAGAUCAGAAUGUGAUUGUGUCAUAUGUCAUGUAUGAAUUUUGAUUUGUUUGUGAGAGAUAUGACCUUGCUUUUCAAUCUGGUUUUGAAUCAAUUGAGAUUCCUUUUCUUUUCUUUUUUUUCCAUGUUUCUGUUAACGCCUUUUCAGCGAAGUGCCUUCUUAUUGUUUCUUGUGAAACUGUCCAAGUUUUCUCAUCUUUGUUUUGCUGAGUCGUACAUACAGCUCUUAAUUGUAUCCCUCAAAAUUUAAUUUUUUUUUGUCUACAAAUUGAAGGGAUCUUGUGCCUGACGGACUUUUUUUUGAAAGUUUCAUUGUGUACUAUCUGAUCAUGUUUUCAUAGCCCUUGCAUUGCAACUCUUUCAUUUAGACGGAACUGGUCAGAGGAUUUCUGAUCUUCAGUUGUUUUCAAUGAUUGUAGGACUUGGUAGUGAUAGUGUGAUGCUAGCUGUUUUUAAAACUUACUGGUUGGCAUUUUUAUCUUGGUUGUUUGUAUAGCUUAUUGUUUUACAGUUGUGAAUUAAUUGUUGCCAUUUAGUCAGAGGAUGAUUUUUAAGUUCAGUUAAACCAUUUGAAACCAGAGGUUUCCAAUUUGGAUUACCAGUAUAGGUAUGAUGUACAAUUGAUUGCAAUCAAAGUUAACUUUUUCCUCACAAAAGCAGACAUGAGUCAUAAUACUUGUUUUUCUUCCUGUGUCACACACAAUUUUUGACCAGUGGUUUGUUGCAUUGUUAAGUCGUUUGAAUAUGCUUUUCAAAUCUUAGAGACACUCAAUAUUUAAUAUUUGGUAAUUAAUUUGUUGGGCAAUUAUUUUAACUUUUCUUCAAUUAAUGUAUGCUUUGGGAAAGGUGAAAAACUUUUUAAAUGUUAAUUUGGGAGUCAAGCCAUCCUUAUUUUUUCUUCAUAAGAGAGGAAGAUAUAUUCUCUUGUUUUCUUUGUUGAGAGAUUUAACUGUUGAAUAAUUAAUGACUUGUACCAGUUGUCAGUGUAUUAUAGACGAUAGUUUUGCAUCACA